AUGCUUGAAACUGUUACAGAAGAAACAGAGGUGAAGAAGAUGUCAAGACUUGCAGGCGUGAAUGAGCCUGCAGUUCUCGGCUUUGAAAUCUUCAAAGCCAAAUGUCCAACCAAGGAAAGGAUUACAAAACAAGCAACCGCAUUAUUUUGCCUGUGUAAUUCAGUCAACCUGCAAAGUUAUUUGGAGCAUAAUGAUCUUCUUUUCAUGGAGAAUGUAAAGAGUGAUAAGGAUAAGGCUUAA